GCCACACCAAUAAUAUUACCAACCUAUUAGCAUCUAGUAAGGAGUCGUCAGCUAUGACCAUCCCAUGACUGACGUAGUAUAUGUGGUUGUUGAAUUUGGGAAAUUUAGCGGAUGUAAUUAACUGUCUAUUGUGCACUUACUUCCACCAGAGAACCUAUAUACGAAUAUAGGGUCUGCGCUUUCAACAAAAAUAGACUUCACUGACACAGUUUUCAGGAGAGUAGGUUAGGUCUGUAAAUCCUACUACAUCAGUUCGAAACCAGAUAGACAAUGACGACAUUUAGGUACCUGUGGAUUACAGGCCUGUUUUUACUUACAAAACGUGAAGUGUAUGGCGACGAGGCGGAGCUUAAGAAAACUGCAUGCGAACAUAAGACAUUGAGCCUCACAUGUGAUGGAGAAAGUACCCUCGACAUCCAUAGUGCGUUGUAUGGCCGUCUUAACACAGAAACAUGCCCACAUAAUCUGGAUCAUUCAACAUCAUGUAGAGCUGAAGGUGCGCUCCAAAAAGUACGCGAUGCUUGCCAACACCAAAGUUCAUGCGGUGUAAAAGCAGUAAAUGGUGUAUUCGGAGAUCCGUGUGUUGGAGUGUUCAAAUAUCUCGAAGUUUCGUAUACGUGUGAAAAUAAAGGAUGGCAUCUGGUUUUUAAAGGCGUAUCUGAAGCUGGCGAUCCAGAUCUGUAUCAUUUGUGGCGAGAUGAUGGCUCGUUAAACGCCUUGAACCACUCAGCACGCGCCCUAAAUGACAGCCUUAAAGCAAAUUUCAAAAGUCCGAUGGUUGAUAGAUGGACAGAGUUGGAAAUACAACGAGUUAAAAUUGCCUUUUACAAAGAUGGCGUUCAAGCAGCAUACAUGAUAUUUAAUGGUAGAGAUACAGGAAAAAUGGAUUGGUUUGCUUUAGAUAAAGUAACAAGCAGCUCAUACGAGGACUUAAACGAUCGAGAACCAAAUUUUUUCUCAAUUAAAGGCCAUUCUAGCGAUAAGCACAAUCGACAUUGGUUUUCGAAUAGAAAUUAUGGUGGAUGUCAAGUCGAUUAUGGUUGGACUGUGGUGCUAACUGGUAAAGGCCCGUGUGGGUGGGACAAUAGAAAUACCGAUUAUCCUCAAAUUAUGUUCUCUCCAACAACAACUGGUGUACUGUGGGAAUCAGAUCAGCCAGCUUGGGCCGAUUUCUUUGCUGUUUUUCUUGAAUACACUGAUCACUGUCCGUAUGAAGUUGUAGUGAUAGCUGAUGUGACGUACACGUUCGAAGCUUCACCGGCUAAUUUUUUGGCUAACUCACUUGAAAUGUGCAGUUCGAGAGAAAACAAUCCUCGAGCAGUACGCAUGUGUAAUUCUGAACCACAAGGAGGCUCAGUCUGGGGAGAAGUUUCAAUUACAUUAUGUGACAUUGAUGAUAUCAACGGGUUGACGCAGGUGACAGUGACGGAAGAUAAUGUUGAUGACGUUGCUAGUCAACUUUCCACUUUAACCGGCGACGAGAAUGUUGAAGAGGAACUUAACAUUAAUGAUGUUGCCUCAAUUUUAGAAAGCAUAACUGAAGUAGGCGUAGGCAAUCAGAAUGUAACAAUGUUCACAGUAGAGAUUGUGAGUAAUGUACAAAAUGCAGACUAUGAACUCUUCAUGGCAAACAACCAGAGUAUGGCUGCUUCUUCAAGAAUAGUUCAGUCUCUAGAGACUCAACUAGAAUCGCUUACGAACUUCACACACGUCCAGGACAAUGUUGCUGUUCAUACGAUGAUGUUUAAUCCAACAACUUUGGAGAAUGGAAUCGGAUUUGCUUCAAUCCAACCCUCGAUUAAUGGUGCUGUUGAAAAGGGACUUCAGAAAGAAAACAUCAAACAAUUUGAAGAUGUACAAGAUUAUCUAAACCAGAUGAUUGAAACAUCAAUUGCUUUACCACCUGAAAUUGUUAAUAAGAGUCAGGAACAAGCGGGCUCAAAUGACUUGCAAGUGAGCUUCACCAUCUAUCAAACUUCUAAGCUAUUUACUUCUUAUCGUCUGAUGACUAAAGAAAAUAGAACAAUCGGGACUCGCGUCAUAUCGGCUGCUGUAGAGCGAGUGACUGUGGCAGGGUUGAAGGAACCGGUCAGAGCUGCCUACUUACCAAUUGUGAAAGGUGCGGGAGGGAACCCUGAAUGCGUUUUUUGGGACUUUGAUUUGGAAAACGGCCAAGGCGACUGGUCCAACGAAGGCUGUGUUUACAACGAAACAUCCGAUGAUCGAAUCGUGUGCUUCUGUGACCAUUUAACCAACUUUGCUGUUAUCAUGGAUUAUUCUGGUCAGGCCGGUCCAACUACGGGGUUUCAAGAUGCAUUGACAUACAUCAGUGUCAUAGGAUGUGUAAUAUCUAUCGUCUGCUUGGUUAUCACUAUCUUUACAUUUAUGUAUUUCAAACACUUACGUGGAAAACGCCCCCAGCGUAUUCUUCUUAAUUUGUGUUUUUCUCUGCUGUUUCUAUAUUUAACUUUUGUCAUCGGGAUUGAGUUGACGAAAUGUUAUAGUUGCUGUAUUAUUGUGGCGAUCAUGCUGCAUUACUUCGUUUUAACGUCGCUAUUUUGGAUGCUAGUUGAGGCAAUAAACAUGUACCUUAAAUUUGUAUUGGUAUUUUACGAAGAAAUACGCUGUUUCAUGUUAAAGUCCGUAAUUCUUGGUUGGGGUGUGCCUAUUAUACCAGUUGCAAUAAUUGCGUCUAUAAACUACGAAGAGAUAUAUUCCAACGACGAAUACUGUUUUAUGAAACCCGGCUUAGAAUUUUACCUUGGAUUACUGGCCAUUGCAGCAGUUAUUCUCAUCAUAAACUCUGUCAUCUAUAUCCAAGUAAUUCGGCAACUGACAUGUCGACGAAAGCUUACGAAAGUCAAAACUGACAAAAAUAAAAUGAGUGAAGUGUCUGUCCGUGUGCAAAACGCAAUUACUAUCAUGAUGCUUCUGGGCCUAACAUGGAUUUUUGGCUUCUUGUCCAUCGACUCAUCGGACGCUGUUCGCGAUCUUUUCCAGUUGAUAUUCUGCGUUUGUAACUCGUUGCAGGGGUUUUUUGUGUUCCUGUUCUUCUGUGUUCGUCGACGAGAUGUAAGGAAUUCAUGGGCAUAUUUCUGUUGUAAGGUUGGUCAGAAACCAGGACAGUUUAUAACAAUGACUUCAAAGCAACGCUACGCAACCGAGAAGACUCUGGUCUCGGCUAAUUCUACCUGUUAGAAUGUACUGUUGUUACCAUUGAAAGUGGUUAUAGGUUUGAAAGUCACGAAUAACAUGUUAUUUGCUUAUAAUUAUGGAGUUUUAUAAAUUAUAUAUAUAUAUAUGUAUAUAUACACAGUAUUAUGUGUAUAUAUAUGUAUUAUAUAUAUAUGUGUGUGUAUAUAUAAGUGUAUAUUAUGUAUAUAUAUGCAU